CCUGGAGCUGCGGCAGAGCUCACGAAAGGAAGACGGGAAGAAAAGGCAGGCAGCUGGGCGGACGAGUUCUCCCUCCUUUGCCAUGUCCCCUCGGUCGCAGGGACUGGACAUGAGGCUGCUCCAGGUGUUCACCUUCAGUUUCUUAGUCCUGUGCGAAACGCAAGUGAGCGCUGAGGAGCCUGAAUUCAGCUAUGGCUGUGCGGAAGGCAGCUGUUACCCUGCCACCGGCGACCUUCUCAUCGGCCGAGCUCGGAAACUCUCAGUGACCUCGACGUGUGGACUGCACAAGCCGGAGCCCUACUGUAUUGUCAGCCACCUGCAGGAGGACAAGAAAUGUUUCAUAUGCAAUUCUCAAGAUCCUUAUCAUGAGACCCUCAAUCCUGACAGCCAUCUCAUUGAAAAUGUGGUCACUACAUUUGCUCCAAACCGCCUUAAGAUUUGGUGGCAAUCCGAAAAUG